UCGAAACAAAAUGGCCGCCUCCAUCAAUGACAGCAGAGCAAUAAUCAAACACGUGCUCGAAUGCCGUCGUCGAUAUGCUGAUAAGUAUUGAUGAGAAUAAUUACUGACAAAAGAACGAGAUGAAGAAACACGAAAUCGGCGAAACGGUGAAAACCUCAUACAUAAGCUGCGCGUGUAAUCGAUCGCCACAUUCGGCGGAUUGGGGAAAUAACGAUUUGCUUUGUUACGGAGCCCGAAAUGCGGUAGCGAUUUACGACCGCCAAGCGUCGAAAACCGGCAAGGUCUUACUGACGCUGCACAAACACAGCAAUCAAGUGACGGUUGUACGUUGGAUAAGGCGAAGAAAUGGCGAACCAGAGACGGAGCUGAUAUCUGGAUCAACGGAUGGCACAACCAUAAUCUGGUCGAAAUUUGGGCUCACUUACAGGCCAGCGACUACGCUGAAAGACACAAGCGCUGUGAGAAUAGCAAGCGCACAAUAUCUCAACGAGUCGAAUUCCAGACUGCUGAUAUGCACAGGCAACACGGACGGUCAGAUAAAGCUCUGGGAGAGAGGCGAGACUGGAGACGAGGCAAGCUGCCUCCAAAUCGUUGAAUUUUCUAGAAAAUUACCCAUCGAAUCGGCUCUCUGGUUCUUGCCCGAGUCGAAUACACCGCUCCUUGCAAUCGCAGUUGAAGACUCGACGAUUCAGCUGUUCUGUCGGCGCCUAGGUAAUGAUGGAGAGACUACAUUUGUGAAGGUCCAGAGUCUCGCCGGGCACGAAGACUGGGUGCGAUGUUUGGAUUUCACCUUCGACAACGACGGCGAUGUGCUAUUGGCCAGCGGCUCUCAGGACAGCAUGAUACGUCUGUGGCGUAUAUCUGUGCAGACCGAGGAUGAAGUUCAGAGCAACGAGCUGCGACAGAAGAAGGAAAUAUUUUUAGCUGAUGACAAAGAGUACACCGUUGCCCUUGAGUCGAUUUUGAUAAGCCACGAGGGUUGGGUUUACGGGGUGCAUUGGCACCCUCCAGAAUUUGAAGAAAAGAGGCGACGCCAGCCGAUGAAAUUGCUCUCCUCUUCCCUCGACAAAACGAUGAUACUUUGGGAGCCUGACUCGAGUUCUGGAAUAUGGUUGGAGUCCGUCAGAGUGGGAGACGUCGGCGGGAAUUCGCUCGGCUUUUAUGGUUGUAAAUUUGGCCCACGAGGAAGUUCGCUGCUGGCGCAUGGAUAUCUAGGCUCGUUUCACAUCUGGGAAUAUUCUGAGAAGAGCAGAAAUUGGGCGGCGAGAUCAGCGCCUGGCGGACACUUCUUAGAUGUCGUUGAUCUCUGCUGGGACCCCAAAGGGAGGUUUUUGUUGACGACAAGCGCCGAUCAAACUACAAGAGCUCACACACCAUGGAAAGAUGAGGCGGGUGAAACUUGGCACGAAAUCGGACGACCCCAAGUGCACGGAUUCGAUAUGUCCUGUUUGGCAAUGCUGACACCCUAUAUAUUCGCAUCCGGAGCUGAAGAAAAGGUCGUUAGAACUUUCACCGCUCCUGCGACGUUUGUUAAUUAUCUGAAGAAGCUGUCCAACGCUGACGAUUUUGCUGGCUCCAUGCCUGAAAGCGCCUCUGUUCCAGCUCUUGGACUCACAAAUAAGGCAGUUUUCGACGGCGAAGUUGCUCCCGGGGAGAAUUUGUAUGUUGGAAAUUCGAGGGAUUUGGAUUUUGGUAAACCGCCAACUGAGGAGGAGCUGAUACAGCACACGCUCUGGCCGGAGUUACAGAAGCUGUACGGUCAUGGAUACGAGGUGUUUUCGAUGGCUGGAAGACAUGAUGGGACUCUCCUGGCAACUUGCUGUAAAUCCUCGUCCGCCGAACAUGCCGCCAUCAUUCUGUGGGACACGGCGACAUGGAAAAUUCAACAGAAACUGAUGGCGCAUCAACUGACCGUGACACAGCUUGCGUUCUCCCCGAAUAACGAGUACCUUUUAUCCGUUUCUAGGGACAGGAGAUGGUCCCUCUUCACCUGUGAUAAAAAUCAGUAUAAUUUGAGCGCCGCUAGUUCAAAACGAGACAGUCUUCACAGCAGAAUUAUUUGGUGCUGCGCGUGGUCGAACGAUUCGAAGUACUUUGCGACGGGAUCGAGAGACGGAAAAAUCGGAAUUUGGUGUCCUGCAGAAUUCAAGACUAAGGAGUAUCUUCCGAUUACCAGUAUGGAAGUAAAAGAUGCGUCGAUAACUGCGCUCGCUUUCGCUCCAGUCAACGUUGCACGAGAUUCUUACGUUUUGGCUGUUGGUUUUGAGAGCGGCGAUAUUGAGAUACAAAAAAUCAUAUUCAAAGGAAGCUCUCAAGUGUUUAGGAAAUACUUGACCUUGAACUCGUCUCACGCCCAUCAUCUUACUGUGAAGAGACUUUCGUUUAGACCAUGUAUAGAUAUAUCACAAAGUGAAAUUCUACAACUCGCCAGCUGCGGCUCCGACAAUACAGUUAAAAUUCACGACCUCAGAUUUAAAGAUCUCUCGCUGUUGUAACAUGUUGAAAUGUCGUGAAGAAAGCAACAUUACUCUCCCCGUUAUUUAAAACGAGGGCCAACCUCUUUCCAUCAGGACUAAAAUGUAGAACUUUGCUAAACGACGACUUGAUGUUCUGUAUAUAAGUAACAGAUCUAUUCUCCAAGGACCAUAUAGAUAUUUGUAUCUAUAAAAGAAUGCAGAAUUCUUUA